GUGCGCCAGCUGAAAAUGGAGCAGGGGAUUCUGCCUGCACCCGGACGUCGCUAGGUGCCAUAGCACGCGGGCUGUGGAAACGGCGGCGGGAUGAGCCGCAAAUGGGCACUUAAACAGCAACCCAGAGCACAGCUUGACGUUAACUAGUCUUGAUUCCAUAGCCGGGAGGGCAGAGAAGGGCUGCUGACAUCACCCGGGGCGGGGCUGCAAGCCCUAAGAAAAGUCGACGGGACCAGACCGACGUCUGCUGCCCGCACAGUCUCAUCAUGAACUGCCACAACAGCUGCGAGCUCCUGGACCGCGGCAACCCGGGCCAGCUGCUCCUGCAGCCGGUCUGGGACAGCAUGAGGACCAGGGAGGAGCUGGCGCUCUCACCCUUCUUCCCGGUGGUCUUUUCCAUCAUCUCCUACGUGGGCUUCUGCCUGCCGUUCGUGGUGCUGGACGUCCUGUGUCCUUCGGUGGCCAUCGUGAGGCUCUAUAAGAUCCACCCCGACUUCUCGCCGUCAGCGCGGCAGCUGCUGCCCUGCCUGGGUCAGACCCUGUACCAGCACCUGGUGUUCGUGUUCCCAGUGACGCUCCUGCACUGGGCGCUCAGCCCCGCGCCGCUGCCGCCCGAAGCCCCCGAGCUCUUCCAGCUGCUCAGCCACGUCUUCAUCUGCCUGCUGCUCUUCGACACCGAGAUCUUCGUAUGGCACGUGCUGCACCAUAAGGUGCCCUGGCUGUACCGCAACUUCCACAAGGUGCACCACCAGAACACAUCCUCUUUCGCGCUGGCCACGCAGUACAUGAGCCUCUGGGAGCUGUUUUCUUUGACCUUCUUCGACGUGGUGAACGUAGCGCUACUUGGAUGCCACCCGCUCACCGUCUUCGUCUUCCACGUGGUCAACAUCUGGCUGUCAGUGGAGGACCACUCUGGCUACGACUUCCCGUGGUCCACGCACAGACUGGUGCCCUUUGGCUGGUACGGGGGUGUGGCUCACCACGACCUGCACCACUCGCAGUUUAACUGCAACUUCGCUCCUUACUUCACACACUGGGACAGACUCCUGGGCACCUUGCGGCCCGCACCCCUCCCAGCGUGGCAGUGUGCCUGUGGCAGGCGCUGCUCAGACUCAGGGCGGCUGUGCACGAAGUGCAGGUGAAUGAGGAGAAACAGACCUAUGUUAUUAUUAUUAUUUUUUUCAAAAGCAAGUAACUUAUUGACUGAUGAACGCUGUUAGGAGGCCUUAUGUAUAUUUGCAAUUGACAAAGUAAUUUCUAUAAUGUUUGCAAAUCCAUGUAACUGUAUUCUUGGUGUGAAGCUCUAAUUCACUUCAACACCAUUGAUUUCUGGACAUAAAUUAGACGUUUGAAUCUUCUCUAGAAUGUCUGUUGGUAGAACAGAGACCUUCAUGUCUGCAAUCGUGCUGGAACUGGGCUAAACAGAUUUAUGGAAGACCUAACAGGUCUUGAUUUCUUUGACUCUUUAAAUGAUCAAACUUGUUCCUGCUGGACAGUGACCAAGAUUAUAGUAUUUUUUUCUAUUUUUAAGUAUAACCAUAAUUUACAUAGAAAUAUGUACUUUAAAUUUGUACUUUAAAAAUGAA